AUGCAAGCAAUCUUUGACCUGUUCAAUCAGGUGCCUCGUGCUACAUGGUCGCUGGCGUCAUCUCUGAGAGAUUCGGGUGCAAAAGAGGCUCGGGUUGUGGAGAAUCCCGACAGCGUAGACUUCGAUGCUAACCAAUUCGACAUACGGCAUCGCAUAGAUCUCCGAGGUGUCCUGUAUCCGCAGGAACGAAGCGCGCUACUGAUCCUAAAUCAGGAACUUAGACUAAGCCGCGAGUUCUUGCAGGCAUUAUGGGACAGCAGCGGGAUAUGCGUCUGCGCAGAUGGCGGAGCGAACCGGCUUCACGACUUCUUCAUCGACGAGCGGGAGCGCGCGCAGCACUUGCCCGCUUACAUUGUGGGUGAUUUGGACUCGCUGCGCGACGACGUGCGUGCGUUCUACGAGGGGCACGGUGUGGUGGUACUCGAGCAGUCAACGCAGUAUGCGAGCGAUUUGAUGAAGAGCGUGCAGGUCAGCUCCCUACACUUCAAUCACGAGCCCUUCCGAGCGUGCGCGCGCAAAGGCCGCGUGGAUACCCACAAUGGAGUGGGCGAGAUGAUUGCUGCUCGACAGGCUGCCGGUUGGACACCCGAACCGCUCCGUCUGCUGGUUUUGAAUGCCAUCGACGGUCGGUUCGACCUGACAGUGCAUUCUGUCGCGCAGAUGUACACACUGCGUGAGCAGCAUCCCUACCUGACGCUCUUCUACAUCACACCCACGGACCUACUCUUUCUCGUGCCGGCAGAUGGUACCUGUGUGUCGUACACAUCCGAUAUGAGAGCCGCGAUGUUUGGAUGCUGCGGGUUGCUACCGCUAGGGGGCUCGUGCACAUUACGGCGCACGUAUGGCCUCAAGUGGGACGUGUGCGCGUGGGACACCAGCAUUGCUGCGGGGAGGGUGAGCUCCAGCAACUACCUCGUGGGGGACACCGGCUGCUAUGUUGACGCUGACAGAGACAUACUAAUGAGCAUUGAGCUGCGAUGGAAUGGGGUGGACAGAUGGUACACCGCCGCGCAGCUUUCCAACCAUUCAUCCCACGAAUGCUAA